GUACAGAACUGGGGGAGUGGGAUGUUGUGGGCAGACCAGUCUCCGGUAUACACGUAUUUCGCCCCUGUCGGAGCCUGCGUCGAUGCCCGGGGCUUGGAAACCACCGCAAGAAACCAGGCUGGUUUGCGCCCAGAAUCGGACCGACUUUUGGGACCCCGCCUCUUCCAGUCGGGAUUACCUGGCAUGCUUCGGCAUUUGGCGUCAUUCCGAAAACAUACCGCAAGCCAAUCAGCGGCAAUCUUGCUUUUCGGGGCGGCUGUUCGUUGGUUGAUAUGCCAGAGCCUGUUCUGUUGUCUGUAUUGGCUAUUGCUGCUGUCAGUCAGGGCCGUGGGUCGAACCUUCACCUACUCUUUGUCUGUACAAGCUCUUGUUGUCUGGGAGAGCGGCGGAGGCGCUGCUGUGGAUUGGUCACAGGGAGAAACCUCUGAUCUGUUCCUAUUGGCCCGUCCGUCAAGGGACGAUGAUGAUUGGUAGGGCAGAGCAAUCUGAGUCCUAGUUGGUGGAGUUCUCCCCGGAUGGAAGCUCCGGCCGCGGAGUGAUGGUUGCCUCAGCGAAGAUGGGCCGGGCAGGGACCAUGGCGGUGGCAGCAGAGGUGGCAGGGGCGGGGCGGCUGGCAGUAGAGGAGGCUGUGGUCCUCAGGGGGCUGUAGGUGGAGGUAUGGCUCGGGCCAGCAGCGGGAACGGCAGCGAGGAGGCCUGGGGGGCACUUCGGGCGCCGCAACAGCAGAGUCCGGCAGCGUCUUCUCUUGAGGGAGCAAUUUGGAGAAGAGCUGGAACCCAGACUCGCGCCCUGGAUGCCAUCCUUUAUCAUCCACAGCAAUCCCAUCUGCUUCGGGAGCUGUGUCCAGGAGUGAACAACCAGCCCUACCUCUGUGAGAGUGGUCACUGCUGCGGGGAGACUGGCUGCUGCACCUACUACUAUGAGCUCUGGUGGUUCUGGCUGCUCUGGACUGUCCUCAUCCUCUUUAGCUGCUGUUGCGCCUUCCGCCACCGACGAGCUAAACUCCGGCUGCAACAACAGCAGCGGCAGCGUGAAAUCAACUUGUUGGCCUAUCAUGGGGCAUGCCAUGGGGCUGGUCCUUUCCCUACCGGUUCACUGCUUGACCUUCGCCUCCUCAGCACCUUCAAGCCCCCAGCCUAUGAGGAUGUGGUUCACCGCCCAGGCACACCACCUCCCCCUUAUACUGUGGCCCCAGGCCGCCCCUUGACUGCUUCUAGUGAACAAACCUGCUGUUCCUCCUCAUCCAGCUGCCCUGCCCACUUUGAAGGAACAAAUGUGGAAGGUGUUUCCUCCCUCCAGAGUGCCCCCCCUCAUCAGGAGGGUGAGCCUGGGGCAGGGGUGAGCCCUGCCCCCACACCCCCCUCCUGCCGCUAUCGCCGUUUAACUGGCGACUCCGGUAUUGAGCUCUGCCCUUGUCCUGCCUCCGGUGAGGGUGAGCCAGUCAAGCAAGUGAGGGUUAGUGCCACCCUGCCAGAUCUGGAGGACUACUCCCCUUGUGCACUGCCCCCAGAUUCUGUACCGCAGGUCUCUCCCAUGGGGCUGUCUUCCAGUGAGGGGGACAUCCCAUAAGUAGUUUUGAGAGGGUGGAUGGGUUACUUACCCACCAGAAACAGCCCUAGUCCCAACUCCUUGCGUUCCUUUUGGCCCCUCCCUGCCUACCUAGAAUCUGCCUGAAAUGGCUGGAGCCCUGAGGAGAGGGGCAGUAUUGGGGGACUGUGCUAGCUUUACCCCCGCAAGACAUACACAGGAGCCUUUGAUCUCAUUAAAGAGAUGUGAACCAGC